AUGUUUCUUCCAAAACUCUUUCAGAGUCAAGGAUGUUUCCUCAGUGACAUUGAAACACCUGCCUUUGCUAUUGCGCUCAAGAACUUGUACCAUUCUGAACCAGAAGUGAAUGAAGAAGAUGUUCUGGGUAUUCUGGCUGCAGCAGAAGUGUUACAGUUCCCUAGCCUUUUCCAAAAGUGCAUCCAGGUCAUGAGGAGAAGCAUUUGCUCAGCCAAUGUCUGUAGAUAUUAUACUGCAGGCUGCAAGUAUAAGCAACCUUCCUUGAUCACUGACUGUGAAAGAUGGAUUGAAGUAAACCUUGUCCCACAGCUUGGCUCCCAGAUUUACCUGCGGAAGCUGCCAUUGGAGCUGCUACAGAAAGUGCUUAAAUCUCCAAGGUUGUUUACCAUCAAUGAAUUCUUCCUCUUGAGAACUGCACUGUGCUGGGUCUUCCUGCAACAAAAUCCCAAAAUUCAGAUAAUCCCAUCGUAUGAUACUGUCCUCACAUACUUUAGCAGUUUACCCAAGAUAUGUGCCUUCUUGGAAAGGGAAGAAGGACAGCGAUACAUAGCUAUUUUUCAGUCUCUCCGUUUACAUGGCAUCACUUCAAGUAAACAUCUAGAGGAGCUAUGGAAAAUUAAUUUCUUUCCUUUGCCGUGGCUGACAAGGAUCUUGUCUGAUCAUUAUCAUGCACUAGAGAAUGGUGGUGACAUGGUCUUUCAGGCAGACUUUAACACUCAGGCAGUGAGAUUUGGUCUUGUGCUCACACAGGAACCAAGAUAUCAUGCAGAAGUAAUUUCCAUUUAUGGAUUCUUCUUUGAGAUAAAAGCAAUAAAACAUGAUGCUUCAGCAUACAGUUUUUACAUGCAAAGAGUCAGACAUGCAGAUCCAAUUAUCUCUUACUUUACUGCUGAGCGUAGUCCUGUCAGUUUAAAGCAAGAACGGGAAGUUAAAUAUGAAAUAAAAGCACAAUGUCAAAUAGAUGGAAAGUGGGAAGAAUUCACCACAGAAAGGCUUACGCAAAGGUUUGGAGUUAAGAAACCUUCUUCUAAAAGCAAGGUCUUGAAAGCAAGCAUACCAUCAGUUCCCAUCUAUGUGACAUUUUCCCUUCUUUUCCCAUCAUCCUAAAAGACCACAUGCGCUCUUGUCUCUUCCUCCAUUGGUGAAUUCAUUCUGAGACCUGGCACAUAGAGGAGAGUUACAAUUGGAGAUGUUCUAGCAGGUGACCACAGUUGCUAUAGCCUGAAAAUAAACUUUACCCUCUCCCAUCAUAUUGAGCUCACUGGGACAUUGACCUUAUCUACAUUCUGCUUUUGACUAAUGUUGCCCUUACUAAAGGACUAGUUUGACCUUUCUAAACCAGGUGCCCUUCGGUAAUAUUGGUAUAUUGAAAUACGUAGUGUAACCCAUUUGGGGACAGCACAUUAGGGAAAUCUGGUUUAUGUCUCCUUAGGCAUGGAGUAUGGUCCUUACUAGCAAGUAAAUGGCAUGCUCUUUCCUUCUAUGUGUACAUGAAAUGUAAUUGAGUUCUCUUCUCUCACUUUAUCCAGCGGGCCCGAGCCAGCUUCACUGCAAUUCCCAUAAACAGUGGUGAUGAAGCAAUAAGAUUGCCAUGCCAACCCACUCCAGCUUCCCCUCCCACUGCAUAAAUUCCACACGAAGCACAAGUUGCAGAUGAUUCCAGAUGAAUAUACAAUAUGCAUGAUUCAUGACAAUAAUUUCUUAGAGCAGAUGUUGAUAUUAUCUUUUAACCAUCAGAUCGUGUUUUACCUGUUUUGUCCCCUUUUUAAAUUUUAACAAUAAGGCAGAAAAACUCAGAACAGAAGCACAAAUCUUCAAAGGAGUAGAUUAUGUGCCAUGUUGCUCUCCAUCAAACUGCAUUCAGUUAAGAAAUGGCUGUUUUCUAUUCUCUUAUUCCCUGUUCCCUUGGAACAACUGGACAGUUACUGAACCUUCUUUAUAGAUUUUUUUCUAUGUAUAAAUUCUUUCAAUAUAUAAAUUAUUUCUAGAAUUUUAAUUAAUUUUAAUUAAAUUGUCUUCAUCCUUUGGGGAUAAAUUAAGAACAAGAUUAUAUUAUUUAAAUAACUAUAUGCAGAUGAAAAACACAGACCCAUAGAAAGGCAUGAAUUUCAGUAUGCCAAUAAUUUUAUUAUUUUCUUUUGCAUGUAAUUGUUGAUAACCACCAGUCCUUUGAUUCUGCUACACAGUUAGUUUGUGGAAUAAAAAUAGAUCAUUGGUUGAGAAAACAAGAAGUAGGAAGAAAUCAGGCCACAGCUAAUAGUUGUAUCCAUCUGGUAACUAUCAGUGCUAUUUUCAUCACCAUACUGAAAAGUAGACAAGUGCUAUUCUCCUUGGACACCCUUAUAGUAAAAUGAGAAGUCUGUUACUUAUAAACAAUUAGUAGUUGCAUUCACAAAUUGGAGAAAACACCAAAGAGGUUUUAGGUUUGGCUUAAUAUGUUAUUGAACCAAUUGCACUUUGGAGGUUAUGGUAGAUAUAGAUAACCCAUGGUGGAUCAACUGUCCCAGGUGCCCUCCAGAACCACAGAGCAGAAGUUUGGUAGCAAAUGAUAGAGAUGGACAAUGGAACAAUGGAGCAAAUAAGCUGCAAAAAUGUGCGUACCUACUUCCUCCAGAAACCCCAUUAAAAAAAAAAAAAAUCUUAAAAGUGUUAGUUCUAUCUAUCUGCA